UUGCCGCCGCGAGUCCGUGCGUCACAGCAGUGUUGGCGUGUUGGAGGCGUUGUAGCAAUUUGGUCGCAAAUGCAAGUGGGUCGAACAGCCAUACGGUGGAGUCAUACGCGCGUUUCAUGCAGUUAAGAAUGAACCACCUAGAUAAGUGAACGUAAUGUUGGAGUAAACGACUGCGUGCGCAGUAUUGCCGCUGCAUACCAUCAACAUGGCAAGACGGAAAGGGGCGACUGAUCGGGCUCCGCUUCUGUCCGAUGAUGAACCAAUUGAUGGCUACAGUACUUACACGAAUAUUUCAUGCCAAAUGAAAUGCCAGCUGGGACCAGCAUCGCCUCGCACAGACAACAGAACGGGCGAGAAACUGGAAGACAACACUGUGUAUGAUAUUGUUGGCGUGUUUGUGAUUGCAUUUGACACUCGAGCGGGUAAUACUGUGGAGUGGUGGGCACCCGAUGACUUGGAUGUAUCUGGCAUUGAGUUUAAGGCUAUGACUAGUGGAGCUCACAGAGUGCACACAGACUUCAUAUACUUCAAGAGGAAAGACUACUACGGGCUCUCCUGCUUUGAAAACAUGAAAGUAAAGAAUGAGGAAGAGCGUGGUGCACGGAUGAAGUCAAUAGGAAUUCUUGCAAAAAGCUACUCGUUGCUGCAUCUGCACAAGACAUUCCUGCAAAAGCAAGUGCGACAACUGUUAGAAAGGCCAGGAAUAUAUGAAGACCUUAUCCAGUUUUACCUAGCCCAUCAAACACCACCUCUCAUGGACACCUGCCUUGGUGCCUCCUACAAAACUAUCUGUGAUGGCAUGCAUUCCAUGGAGAUUACACACCCAGCCGGUUGCUUCUCGCAGUUCCUGAAUUUCUUUGGGGAGAAAGUAUUUCUUCUAUGGAAGUUUGCAUUGUUGAAAAAAAGGAUUCUUUUUUUUUCUCCUCCACCAAUUGGUGUGAUUUGCUAUCGUGUCUAUUGCACAAGUACCUUGGUUGCACAUGUAUACCCAGACUUGGAGACGUGCUUGUGUCCACCAAAUUUUUAUGUCAAUGUCACGGAUGUGGAUGCCCUCGCAGAACAGCUUUCCUAUGUGGCCUGUACUACCGAGAAGAUAUUCGAGACGAAGCAAAACCUGUUUGACCUGUUUGUUGACCAGCAAAACAUGAAAGUUCAUUCUUCCUUGCAUGAAAGGUUGCUGGAAUUGAGUGCUGCUGAUAAGCUGAAGUACAACCACCUUUUAGAGCUAAGAUCCAAAUGCCAGCCAUUACUAGCAGGGGAUUCAGAUGCUACAGAUGAGUCCUGGUUUACUGGGUUUUUCAUGGCUCAAAAUACACAGCUUUUUAAGGAGCUGCUAGUGGCAUCCAGGAGUCCCGAAAAACUGUGGACUGAAGAACACAUGCAAAGAGUGGGCCUUGACCCCCAUGGUGACAAACUGUUCUUAACAGAAUUGGUUGAGCGCUAUGGUAUAGACAUUGUGCUGAUUACAGACAGUGUAUGCUGCCCGGCAUGACUUUGUGAUAACUUUUGCUGCUAUACUUGCCACGGCUGUCCAACCUUUAUCCAUGCAGGUUUUUACUGUGGUCUGCAUGUACCCAGACGAUCCGGGUUAAAAUAUGGUUCACGCAUGCUUUGUAUACUACAACAGGUUUACCCAAAGUAUGAUAUGUUAUAUCUUUUGUACAACUUAAGUCUUGUCAUUACUGCAGAAUCUUAUUAAAAACAAUACUCAUAUUUGUGCAGCUAAGUGUUCAAUUAUGCACAUGCAGCAGAGGCCACGUGGACUUCAUUUAGUGUAAUCUUGCUUUGUGCAAUUUAUAUAUAUUUUUUCAAGAUUACAGAUCUUUUUGGUCUGUAUAGAGGCUAUAAGCCAGCGAGUCACUGUACAAGUUCCUUUUGAAAAAGAUUGUAUUUGAAUCUAAGUCGUUUUGUUCUGGUACUACUUCGCUAGGAAUUUCUAAACAGUGCUGUUUAUGUGCAUUAUGUAUGGUGGCUGUACUUUUGAAAAACAUUAAAAUGAGAAGUAUGGUUAAUUACCAUGUGUGUUUUCUUAUGUUUAAAAAGGAAUCCCCCAAACCCUUGGUCGUUUUGUUCUGGUAUACUUCGCUAGGAAUUUCUAAACAGUACUGUUUAUGUGCAUUAUGUAUGGUGGCUGUACUUUUGAAAAACA